UGACGUAGGUGCAGGUUGAGCUCCUGUAUGGAAGAGAGCUCCUUGUUUCUACAGAUUCUACGUUAUUUCCGCAACUGUGCCGUCGUUGAGUCGAUAUACGUUGCAUGUUAACAGUCUAUCCCCGCUUCUCUCGAUCUCCACGCCCCACCCGGUGACUGUGAAGAGUUACUUUUCUCUCCUAUUUAUUUUUUAUAUUUUUCCCGUCACAUGGGCUUUUAGGGUUCAAUGUGAGCUGUCGACUCCGCACGGGCUCUUCUUCUUUUUAUCAAUAUGGACGUUUAAAAGAGGGGAAACGCAGAGGGACUCCGCAUCUUUCUCUCUCCGUCUCCUCCUCUGCUGUGAAGCUUCGCAAGAUCAUGCAACACCUUAAACCAUGGCGAGCUCUGCUCCUUUUGACGGUGCUGUAUCAACCAGGGAUCUGUGAUAAAUACGGUUGCCUGUUUGAGCGAAAACUGUGCACUAGGGAUCAGUUCUGCUCAGAUGAUGGGUUGUUUGGUCAGUGUCGAAGCUCUAAGCAGGACCAGGUCCAGUACCAGGUGUCAGUUCCUGUUCUGAAGAGGAUGCAAGAAGUUCUAAAACAGCUCAUGCUAGAAGGGCUGUCAUGGCAGGAUGACAUCACCCAGUAUAUUUUGUCAAAGGAGCUGAAAAGAGUUCCUCAUACCACACUUCCCUCAAAGCCAAACACCUCAUCCUUGUCUCAGUCCAAACAGCCCUCCUCCCACCACCAAAGUUCAAAGUCAGCAUCUGCUUCUCCUAGUGGCAAAUAUGUGGACUACAUGAUUGUUGAGCCGCCUCAGUCGCCACUGCGCAUGCAAACAGCAUCUAUGGACCCAUACACAUACCGCCAGCAUAGGUACCAAGACGAAGUAGAGAGAUCUCUCAUGGGUUCAGCAGGUGCCUAUGCCCGCCCUUCCUCGAGGUCCCAGACCAACCAGAGAGAACGUGAGCGUGACAGGCAGCUGCUCCUGGAAGCUCUGUCUCUUUACCUGGCAUCUGCACAGCCGUCUUACCGCCACAGAGGAGCUCCUUCCAUGGUUCCUGCAGGUCUGCCUUAUUAUGAGGACUUGGAGUUGGAUAUACCAGUGGACUAUGUGGAAGACUACACCCUACAGGAGAGGCUUGGUACUGCAGGCAGGCAGCAGCCCUCGCAGAAUAAGAAAGUUCUUCAGGACUAUAGCGCACUGUCUGGGAAUAACGAUGACUUGCUCCAAAGGAUGUCGGCUGUCUUGCAGAAGUACAGAGUCGAUCCAAGAGACCUCAGUCAGGAGCAGCUCUACAAGCUAGCUCUCACACUGCUGCAGCAUCAGGGCAAAACUGGCACACACCCCCAACUUGAUCCAGUCGAAAAAGACCUCAACACCCUCAAGGAACUGUUAAAAACAGACAGCAUUUCCAGUAAACCAGAGAAGCCUGUUCCUGUUGCCCCUGUCCCCUCCACUCCCUCAGUCCAAGCUACACCUUCAUCCAAGAGUCCCAGCCUUCCCCCGUCUGCCUCCCAGCCUCCGCAGGCCGCUCCCGCUGAAGCUGGACUAGAUUUUAAGGGACAGGGGCUGCCAGUAGUGGAGAGCACAGGGGCCAAAGAGGAGUAUGGGUACAUUGUCACCAAUCAGAGUCCCCUGAGUCUGUACGAUGGAGUCAAGAUGUUGGAGCUGCUGGCUGAUAAAAUACACUUGACAACAAGCAGCUUCAUCAACAUUAGCGUCGUCGGUCCUGCACUGACUUUCCGUAUCCGACAGAACGAGCACAACAUGACGGCAGCAGAGGUAGCUGCUAAAGCCGUAUCUGAAAAGAAUUUCCUGGAGUCUGAGACGGGUCUGAAGAUUGUGCAGACUGGUGUGGGAGAGAGGACAGAUGCGCGGGGUCUCCCUCAGGUAACCAGGGUUUCCCAGGGCUCCAGUGGGACAGUUAUCACCCUUGUUUCCAUGGCAGUUGUUGGAGGUGUGCUGGUAUUGGCCAUGGCCGUAGCUUGUCUCAGGCACUAUGCUCAGCAAGUGAACAAUGGCAAGCUUGGCCUGGGGCCAGAGGGAGGAGCAGAAACUCACUUUGACUACCAGGAGCUAUGUCGGCAGCACAUGGCAUCUAAAUCCUCCCUGUGCCGCCAGGACUGUGUGGGAGGGGUGACCAGCAGCAUCUCUGGACCUGCUGUAAACACGGGUGCGGGUGGACGGAGGGGUACAGAUACAUCCCGUGUCAGCAGCGUUUCCUCCCAGUUCAGUGAUGGUCCCCAGCACAGCCCAUCCUCCACUCACAGCUCCACCCCGUCCUGGAGUGAGGAGCCUGCCCAGUCUAACAUGGACAUCUCCACUGGUCACAUGAUACUAGCGUAUAUGGAGGAUCACCUGCGUAAUAAGGACCGUCUCCAGAAGGAGUGGGAGGCUUUGUGUUCCUAUCAGGCAGAACCCAGUUCAGUAGCUGUGGCUCAGUCCGCAGACAACAUGGACAAAAACAGACAUGCUGAAGCCCUCCCCUAUGAUCACUCUCGUGUGAAACUGAAGACUGAUGUAAACCCCAAUAAACAAGAUUAUAUCAAUGCCAGCAUCAUUUUUGAUCAUGAUCCUCGCCAACCAUCUUACAUUGCCACACAGGGACCUCUUCCCCAUACUGUUGCUGAUUUCUGGCAGAUGGUGUGGGAGAACGGCUGCACAGUGAUUGUGAUGAUGACAGCUUUGGUGGAGGAUGGAGAGAAGCAGUGUGAACGAUACUGGCCUGACGAGGGCUCGUCACUCUACCACAUCUAUGAGGUGAACCUGGUGUCAGAACACAUCUGGUGCAAGGACUUCCUGGUGCGUAGCUUCUACCUGAAAAAUGUCCAGACGCAGGAGACACGUACCUUGACCCAGUUUCACCUGCUGAGCUGGCCAGCUGAUGGCAUCCCCACCUCCACACGACCACUGCUUGACUUCCGCAGGAAGGUGAAUAAAUGCUACAGAGGUCGUUCCUGUCCAAUCAUCGUUCACUGCGGUGAUGGCACUGGCAGAACUGGCACGUAUAUCCUUAUUGACAUGGUGCUGAACCGCAUGGCCAAGGGGGUGAAGGAGAUCGACAUUGCAGCCACACUGGAGCACAUCAGAGACCAGAGACCUGGCCUAGUCCGCACCAAGGACCAGUUUGAGUUUGCCCUGACGGCGGUAGCUGAGGAGGUGAAUGCCAUCUUGAAAGCCCUGCCACAGUGAGAUGCAGCUGCUGAUGGAUACAAUGACGACAUGCAGACAGAAAAGAAUACACGCUCCAGUGGACACAAUUGUAUGAUUCAGUCAUGUAUGAUCAUUACUGUAUAUAAAAAUCUGCUUGGCCACACUGGAGCUAUUAUUGCUCUUGCUUUUUUCCCCUGCUGACUCAUUGUCUGGGUGUUUAAAACAUUUUGAAAUCCAAUUUUAUUUUGAGGAUUUUUUUUUCCAGGAAGCAAAAGGAAAGAGAAUCAAAGUUCUUUACAAUUACAGCAAGAUUUGAUUUUUUCCAUUAGUAUCUUAAGUUUCUAAUUACACAUGGAGGCAGUUAUCAGUUGGGAAUUUAACAGAAAACCUUGGUGCCUGUGUGAAUCCAGAUGAAUAUGGGAUAAGGGUGAUCAUGCUGUCAGACAGAAUAGUUAUCUUGUACUCAUCUGAUUAAAUUGUUACUGGACAUUAUUACCUCAAAUGAUCAGCCAACAUAAAAAUAAUUUAUGACCAACACAGGGUUUGUAUUGGCUGCUCUAGUGAACAUGUAAAUUGGACCAAAGUUAUAAUACUGUCAAAUCCCCUGUCAAAACGUAUCAAAUAUUUAUGACUGCCAUCCCAGUUAAACAUGGUGUGGCUGUUCUCCGAUGUAACUCUGAAUGUGUUGUUAUUCGUGUCCAUCUGAAUACUGUAUUCUUUUGCCAAGUGUGUUUUUAUUUCUGAGGCGUGUCUUUUUUGCCUUGAAAACAUGAUCGUUUGCUUUCAGCGCUGGUCGUUUCGUAAUGGAUGCUCGACUUGACCAUGAAGUACCUUCUCGCUGUCUCCCUUUCUGCACACAAAGUAACUUUGCGUUCUUCUACUGUCUUACUCAGUGUACGACCUUGUGAUUCGUGUAAAUAAUUCAUUCUGAUUGUGUUUAUUUCAUGUAGCAGACAGACAGAAAAUAUCUAUAAAAAUGUAUUUUUGACUUGACCUAAAUAAAUUUGUGAUGUGAUGCAGCAGAAAACAAA